AGCCAAAAUAUGUGGGCCUAAAGGAGUUUCAUUUUGGGUCUUUGGGCUUAAGAUCCUUAUCGAACCGGAUCGGAUCCGUACUGUUUGGUAGAUCAAAAUAGGAACCGGGGCGGAGGAAAGACGAAAGUGUGGAGUCUGUGCGUGUGUGUGGUGAGAGAGAUAAAGAGAUGGAGCUGUUAGGAUGGUGGUUAAUGCUAGUGGGUACACUUCGGCUUGCAUCGGUAUGGUUUGGCUUCGUCGACAUUUGGGCUCUUCGUGUCGCUGUUUUCUCCAAAACUACCAUGACAGAAGUUCAUGGGAGGACAUUUGGAGUGUGGACUCUGCUAACCUGCACUCUUUGCUAUCUUUGUGCAUUUAACCUUCAUGACAGACCUUUGUACUUGGCAACCAUUUUAUCAUUUGUCUAUGCCUUCGGUCAUUUCUUGACAGAGUUCUUGAUCUAUCAGACAAUGGCAAUAAAAAAUCUGGUUACUGUCGGUAUAUUUGCAGGCACAUCUAUAGUUUGGAUGUUGUUGCAGUGGAAUGCACACCAACAGGUCAAAACUAAGAGUCCAUAGAACCGAAUCAACAGCAGUGGCUUUUAUCGGAUGUUACUCCUCUCAACCUAUGCCUUUGCUGCUGCAAUUUAAGGCCUUCGAGUUUUUGUUGUGGAAACAUGCUUUCAUGGUUGAGCUCUGAAAGAAACUUCUUGGCCACAAUUUCUUAAUGUAAUGUUCUUCUGAAUGGCUUUUGUAAAGGAUUAUCUAUCUUUCAAACUUUUUUAUUGGAAUUUUUAGACUACUUUCUCAAACUUGGAACGACCCAAGUUUUUGUCUUCUACUAGUAUUAUUUUAUGCUCGGUGGAUCCCUCAUUUCUGUGUUA